AUGUCUCUUCCCACUAAUUACCAGAAUAUUUCAAUUCCAUUUCCGCCAAACAUUGAUGUAGGUGUUAUCGUAGAAGAGCAUUUAAAAAAAGGCAUUAGAAAUGCUAAUCAAACAGGGAAUGCCUUUAUGAUUUAUCUCAGGAUUUUUCGAAAAGCAUAUAGUAAUGUAAUUGCGAUGUUUAAUCUCCCAAGUAGAGAUGUAUCUAGAUUUGCUAGCUCUUCAUGGAUUCAAGAACCACCACUUGUUAAAAACUUUUACAGACAGAAAGCUAAAGAGGUUAAGAAAUGUUUCAAAAAAAAUAUUCCUCUUUAUUUUAUCAACAAAUUUGGAAAAAGUAAUCAAGUUAGUACGAACGGUUCUUUUAAAUCUUUAGAAAAGAAACUUUCUAAUCAUAAACUUGAGAAUACAGAUUCAAACUCUCCUAACGCUCUUUACACUAGUCCUCAACAUUUGAAUGUUGAUCAAAAUUCUCCCAAUAUUGCCUACUCCAAUUAUCAAGGUUCUGCUUAUCCUAGUCCUCAACUUGACUCUCCUAACACUAUUUACCCUAGUCCACUUUAUCAAGUUUCUGUUGAGAAUACAGAUUCAAACCCUCCUAACACUAUUUACCGUCCACUUUAUCACGAUACUCCUAAUACUAUUUACCCUGGACCUCAAGAUUUGAAUAUUGAUCAAGAUUCUUUAUAUAUUACCUACUCCAAUUAUCAAGAUUAUUAUCAUAAUCUUCAAGAAAAUAUAGAUUCAAACUCUAUUUGCCCUGGCCCUCAAGAUUUGAAUAUUGAUCAAGAUUCUUUUUAUCCUAAUACUCAAAAUGGGAAUAUAGGUUCAAACUCUCCUAACACUAUUUAUCCUGACCCUCAACAUUUGAACAUUGAUCAAGAUUCUUUAUAUAUUUCCUACUACGAUUAUCAUGAUACUGCUUAUUCUGAUCCUCAUCAUGAUCCAACCUCUUCUAACAAUAUUUACUCUGGCCCUCAACAUUUGAACAUUGAUCAAAAUUCUUUAUAUAUUACCUACUCCAAUUAUCAAGAUUACGCUUAUAAUAAUCCUCAACUUGAGAAUACAAAUUCAAACCCUAACACUAUUUAUUCUAGCUCACUUUAUCAAGAUUCCGCUUAUCCUAAUCUUCAAACUCUCCUAACACUAUUUACCCGGCCCUUAAAACUUGAAGAUUGA